GCUCCUCUGUCAGUCGUAGCACGGCGUGUGAAAUUGAACUCACAUAACAGUGUGUGGAGCUGAGCUAUAAGGUCACUUAUAUAGUGUUCAUUCUGUAAAAAAAAAAAAAGGAGACUGCGGUGUUAAGUAGUUCACUUGAAGAACAGACAUGGUAUUCCUGACGUUGCCUCGUUGGAUCAGAAGCCGUGGACCUGACAGAUACUGGAAAGUUCAAGAAAUUGUCAGAAAUGCACGGCACUUCAGAGGCAGGAAGAACCGCUGCUACGGUCUGGCUGUGAAGGCGGUCACGAGAGCUUUCGUCUACGCCACUAAAGCAAGGAGGGUCAAGAAACGCAACAUGAGGACGCUCUGGAUCACACGCAUUGCAGCAGCGUCACGAGAGCACGGCAUGAAGUACCCCGCCCUCAUUCAUAACCUCACCAAGACCAGCGUUCAGCUCAAUCGACGCGUGAUCAGCGAUCUGGCCGUCACAGAACCUCGGUCGUUCCUCUCACUUGCAAAGCUGGCGCGGGCUCGCCAACAGGAAGGCUUCCGUGCAGCGCUGGGUGACGGCAAAGAGCCUUCUGGUGUCUUCUCCCGCGUUGUUAUGCUACAGUAAAGGACUUUCUGUAGAUACAGAUUUCCAAUUGUUAUGUGGUUUGAAGAAAGCCGGUCUUGGAUUGUGUUCAUGAAACAGUCAGUCAGGCACACACUCACCUCCUUGCUUUUGCAGUUUUCACACACAGAUCACUAGACCUGUGUCACAUGGGUUAGCCCCACACUGAUGUAAAAUCUCCUUGUUAGGUAGAUUUUAAACAGAGUUACCAAAAGAGAAAUGACCCUGAAGUAGAAAAGGGAUCCAAUAUCUUGCUCAAGGACUCUCCAGCAGAACAGAUGAUUACUGUUGCAUUGCCUUGAUCCCUGACCUUGAAGGACAGUUUCUCCACUCACUGUGCCACCCUGCACCCAUGCUGCGAUUGUGUUGUCCAAAAGCAAUGCACCCAUGAAAACAGAUUUGACAAGUUUAUGCCUUUUCCUACUAUUAUGGCCCUUGCUGACUAUGCUGGUAAUGGGCAACUCCUAAAUACGGUUGUACAGGCGACCCAUUUUAAGUAAAGUUUAGAUUCAAUAGAAGAAUCAUUUUGAAAUUGUGCCCUCUAUAUCAUCCCAAGGUCAUAAUCCAAGAUAGCAGCUGACAUUAAACAGCAUAGCAAUUGUUUGUCCUCCACAGACAGCCCUGCUUCUGCUCCGUUCACUGAUUUCAAUCCAACACCUCUAUCAUGUUGACUUUCUCCGGCUACAGUGUCACUUACAAAAUACUCCACUGCAGCCGUCCUGAUUACCUCCAGUAUCGUGAUAGAGGAUGUGAUUAUCAAUUCCCAUAAACCUCCUUCAGUUUGCAUAUGGAACCUUUUUGUUAAGUUAUUAUUUGAUGCUGAUUGUGACUUUUCUGGAGGCUGGGAAGAAGAGUGACCUCAAGCUUUUUCAUGUAAUGACCUUUGUCUCUGUGUAAAUAUAUAUUUUGCAUUUUGUUGUGGCGAAAUUAUCCUCUGAAUGUUUAGUUCAUUAAACAUUUUGAUAUAAUUUAUA